CUUCAUUCAUAAUAUCCUAUUCAGAUAUUGUAUCUUAUUCUGCGCCCAAUGGCGACAGUACAGAUCCCAUUCUCACAUCGGUCAAAUCCAUCCUCACCAUUCGCACACAAGUUCUCCACUCAUCACAAAUUCCCUUCCCCGCCUCCCCCAUCUACUUUCUCGCACCCACAUCCCAACAACGUCACAUCUCCAUCCAGAUGGAACUCGCCUGCCAAACGGAAACAUGAAGGUGCCGACGACUACCCUGAUGACGAACAUCGCGAACAGGACUCGACUCAGAGGAGGAUCGCCGGCGGAAAGCGAGUCAAGCGUGGGGAUGAUACGAUCAAGCCCAAUGAGUCCGAUCGCCAAGCCAUACCAGGUUCCAUGGAGGUGAAGAAUGAGAUGGAGGACGUUGAUGUAGGCGUGCUACUCGCAUCCGUCCCGCAAUCAUCGCUUCUGCCUUUAUUGAAUGCACUCAUCAACGAUAAUCCAUCUCUCAAGCCCAAGGUUAUCUCGUUGAUGCCCCGACCAUCCAUAGGCGCCGUGACGGCUGCGCUCGGUGCGGCAUACCAAAAAGUCCAAGCGGCUUAUCCGUACUCCUCAUCCACGCCUACAUUUAGUGGUGGUGGCUUUGGCAUGUCUUUCCAACCGAUCGCUCCGUCAUCCUUCGGAUUUGGCUCAGCAUUUGGCACCCCGCUCUCCCUCCAAGCCUCUGGAUUGCAACAGCCGCGGGACUCCUUCGCUCGGGCCCGAUUGCGACAACCCCUGGCUGAAUUCGUCACCACUGUUCUCUCCUACUUGCCCUACUUCAGUCUCACCCCCGCAACGUCGGCGUCAUCUGUAUCGGCUUCAUCAAAGCAACAACCGCAUGCGGGCGAGACUUUUACCUAUCUGCAUCAAGCUGCGCAGUACGCUCUCCAGCUUCUCCCUCUUUUCGGUCCACCUACGCCACCACCCGCCGACUUGGUCGACCUUAUCCAGCGCCUUCACACAGAAGUUACGGCUUGGUCGCAGGCCGUUGCCGUGCAUGUGAACAAGAACGGUGGUAUGUUCGGGAGCGACAUGGUGCAGACCUGGUCCAGGGGAUUAGAUGAGCUUGCGCAGCUCGGCGGAGAGCAAUGGGGGCAGCUUCGGGAUGAAUGGGUACAGCAGUGCGGGUGGCUUAUCGGUCGGAGAUUACACUGAGGAAACCCGGAUGUGGAAUUGUGAUGCGCCUCAUUUCGGGACAAGCCGAGCUGUGACGUUAUCUGGAGAGUCUUUUCCUUUCAGUCUCUGUAUGCAACACUGCGAUUUUCUUUCAUGCACUAGAUACCACCGAUCACGACUGUACAUGAGAUAUUCCUCGAAUCAACUAGAUACGUCUCAAAUCGAUGGAGAGAAUAAAAUUAAAC